UAGUAAAUAUCUAUUCAGAAUAUAAUCUAAAAACAAGACGUAUUUCGGAGAGCUCUAAUGGAAUAUCGAAAUUAAUAACAAUGUUUAUUUUAAUAUUUGCAUCUAGAAAAGGGGUUUCACUGACAUUAAGCCCGACCAGCCAUUAGAGCCAUUAGAACAGACGCCAGUUACAAUUAGCAUUUGAAUUGAGCGUAUGCAAAUCUUAGCUCGAUCAUAAAACCAUUUGGAGAAAACCCAAACUGAGAUUCAUUAAUGAACAGUCGUCAUAAAAGCAGGCCUACGUACGCCUAAAAAUUCAUUCAUUUAAUUAGGCAGGUAUUCACAAUAUACACAACAGUCGCAAUAGUCGCCGGCAACAGACGAGGUGCUGGAAGGGCAUUGCAAAAUCAGAUUUCCAUUUCAUGUAAUUAAAUCCGACCAGCAAUGGCUAACGCUCCCUCCGCCGGACAGCCGCACGGAUAGCAGGAGAGUUUCGCCAGAAUACAUGUAAAGCAAAAGAAAAGCAUAACACCUGCAAAAGGUAGCAAGUGAAUUUGCGAUUCGGCGGAAGUACGCAAAAUUCGAAUCCGCAGCAAGCUAUAUUCUGAAAAAAGAAAAAAACAUCAAGGUGAAGAGCAUCAGUAAGGGAAGGAAUUAGAAAAUGAAUUACUAUGACGAAGAGAUCACAAUCAGUGGGUCGGCGGAUGGCAAACACCUGAGCAGGGUGCCAAUGGAGCGCCAGUCGAGCCGGGCGAGCGGAGGAGCAGCAACUCGGGCAGAAGGCAGGCAGCGGAAAAUGCAAAUGCAGGGCAGCUCCGCGGACGACGAUGGCCUGCUGCAAGACAUCAUUGACCACGACGAUGAGGGCGAUGAUAGCGAUAACGACGACGACGAUGAUGACGAUAGCGAGCUGCAGUUGGGCGGCACGGCGGCGUCCGGUUCACGGCCACUGACGCGCCCGGGCAGCACACGGAAUGUGCAGCCAAUGGCCAUGGCUGAUGACCAGCUCAGCUUUGGUAGCUCGGAUGAGGCAGCCGGAGAGUUGGCAACAGGCGUCAAGUUAUUGCAGCAACAAAAAAAACUGCCCCAGCCACAGACGCAGCAGCGGUCCAGCUCUGGGCGGGAGCAGGAGAAAGGGACUACGUUUGAGCUGACGCCGGAUAAGUGGGAGCAGCUGCCGCUGCAACCGGAACUGAAGGAACUCUUUCCCUACAUACUCAAGUAUACGCCGCAAACGAUCGACACGCCCUACCAUCUGCAGCCCUUUGUGCCGGAGUUUGUGCCCGCCGUGGGCGAUGUGGAUGCCAUGCUGAAGGUGCAGGCGCCGGCUCUGCUGCAGCCCCAGGCGCCGCGUCAGCGCGAACUGGAUGAGCAGCUGCAGCGCCUGGGCCUCGAGCUGCUGGACGAGCCAUCCGGCGCACAGAGUGAGCCCAGCCUCCUGAACAUGAAGCUGCGUUCGGUGCUGAGCGGCAGCCGAGCCGGCAAUUCGCGCCAUGCCGCUCGCUCGGCGACGCAGGUGCCCACCGCAAAGACGGCCAAGGAUAUUGAGAAGUGGAUUGCCGAGGUGGAGCAGGUCCACAUGACGCAAUCCAUGUACGACGCACAGCCCAGAAAGGACAUCGACGCCCUGCUGGAGAACUGGCCCCGCUCCUUUGGCACCCCAGCCAGCAAGGAGGCUGUCGACGAGGCCUAUCGCGCCUGUCUGCAGCAACAAAUCUCGCUGGUCGAUUACGUUCGGACGCUGUGCGAACACUUCGGUGUAGAGGGGCCACUGGAAACCCAAUCGGAUUACAUACACAAUAUACAGACGCUGUUUGCCCUCUACCUGGCCGCCAGUCAGGCCUGGGAGUAGACGCAGCAGUUUAUGGAGUUCUUGCACUAAUAACGCUAAUGGCUUCGAUUAAGUGACAGCCAGACGCCGUUUGUUUGCCUUUGUGCGGGAUGUGACCGCUGUUUGGCCAUUAAAUCGACUGGAAAGCACCUUACUCUUUCACUCUCUCUGUAUCUCUCUCUCUCUCUAUCUCUAUGUCUAUCUUUGUCUCUCUUGCUUCAAGUUGGUCCUGGGGUUGGGAGCUUUACGCUCUCUGCACUUUGUAGUGCGAAUUCUGUUUUAUCUGCAGCUCCACGGGACAAAAAUGAAAUUUGGUUUGCAAUUUUUUCAUGCGCUGCGUGAGGGUAUGGAAAAUGGCUGUGGGGUCGAGGUAUGGGCUUACCCUUCAUGCAAAUGCCAACAAAAAUAUAAGUAUUGAUUGAAAAAUGGACAACAAAGCAAGUAAUAAGAACAGCCGCACAUAACUGAUAUAAAUAUGUGAAGUGUACGAUGUAUAUCAGGAUAGCAGAGCCAACCUGUUGUAAUCAGGCGCAACGAGGAGUUAAGCCAAUCAUCCGUUAGGCCAAUCAUCGCCAACAACAACAAUUGGCUAAUUGGAGCCGCUUAAGACAACAUUCACAGCAUCCAAACCCAGCCACAAUUUGACGAGCUUAAUUAUGCGUACACCCGCAAAGAGCCAUUAAUGGCAUUUUCGAUGUAGACACUGCUGUUCGUGAUGUGCAUGGCGUACGCGAGGGGUGAUUGGGGGAGUGAGUCGGGUGCAAUACCCCCAAAGUUUGUCACAGUCGGGAAUCUGUUUAAAAUAAAUCGUAAAUCAGAGUAUUGAUUAAAGAAA